GUUGAAGUUUGUUUGCCACCUAUAAAGAAGUAAUAUUUUAAAGAAAAUCUGGGAUCGAAACAAGUGGAGGAGACGUAGGCCGCACCAAGAGAGAGAGAGAAAGAUGGGAGGCCAAUGGGGUCUUGCUUUUCGACGUGGCAAAUUUGAGCCAUUCAGCGACAUGAUAGAUAUUUUUUUAGAUUUUUUGUUCCAGAUAUUUUGAUUCAUUCAUGUUUACAAUAGAGGAUAACUUUUCGUUCUUUCAAACGAAUCCGGACAUUUGGUAUUCACCACAAACAAACACCCUCUCUCUCUCUCUCUCUCUCUCUCUACAGUUUUCUCGAUUGUAAGUGAAUAUGGGGGAAGCGUUACUCAGCAGUGACGGCGGCGGAAGGUUAGCUAACAUGCCGGAAUUGAUGAUGAGAAGUGAAGACAAGACAAAUGAUGGCGGUGGUGAUUCACCAACCACCGCCACCACGAACAACGUUGUAAGGUGGGAGAAGUUUUUACCCAAGAUGACUCUUAGAGUUAUGCUGGUUGAAGCCGAUGAUUGCACUCGCCAGAUUAUUACCGCUCUUCUCAGAAAAUGCAGUUAUAAAGUUGUCGCUGUUUCCGAUGGUCUAAAGGCAUGGGAGGUGCUCAAAGGAAGAUCUCAAAACAUCGACCUCAUACUGACGGAAGUGGAGCUCCCAUCGAUCUCAGGGUUUGCACUUCUCACCUUGAUCAUGGAGCACCAAGCCUGCAAAAACAUUCCUGUCAUAAUGAUGUCGGCACAUGAUUCAGUUAGCACCGUUUAUAAGUGUAUGCUGAGGGGGGCUGCAGAUUUUCUAGUAAAGCCUGUUAGAAAGAACGAAUUGAAGAACUUAUGGCAACAUGUUUGGAGGCGACAAGCUUCAACCGCCGGCGGUAAUGGCAACCACGAAGAGAGGGACACCCAGCAGAAAGUCGAAGCCACUGCUGAAAACAACGCAACUAGCAAUCGUUCUAGUGGUUACAUGGCUUGCAUUAAAAGGAAUCGGGAGUGCAUUGAAAAAGGAAGCGAUGCACAGAGUUCUUGCACAAAACCAGACAUGGAAGCUGAUGGACCAGCCACUGAAGAAUCCAAUGACCUCACAAGUACUCAAGAAAAGACCAUGGCUAUAGAUGUUAGAUGGGAGAAUGUUAACGCAAUUGUUGACGCCAAUGUUGCCAUCAACAGUACUUCUCGGGAAGCCAUUGAUUUGAUUGGAUCGUUUGAUAGUUACCCUAAACCCAGUCACAAAAGCUCUUUAAAUUAUGGCACAAACAAGAUCGAUCAUCCUUCACCAUUGUUGGAUCUUUCCCUAAGAAGAUGUCAUCCAAGUAGCUCAGUGAAUCAACUCAGUGAUGACAAACACAGAUUAAAGCAAUCUGAUGUCUCCGCUUUCUCUCGGUACAUCAAUAGAACACAGCCACCACUAACCUCAGGAUCUGCUAGCAUUUCAAAUCUACAGAAAGAAUGUGAAACCAAUUCCGAUUACAUAAUCAAUCAACAAGCACAAGCGGAAAGCCAAAGCCAAUUCCAGUCACCCAAGGAAAGAGUGUUUCCGGUUCCGGUUCCAGUAAAAGAUUUGGUGAUGGUGGAGAGGAAAGGGAGUGAUCAGGGACAUAAUACAACAGAAACAAUGGAAGAUAGAGGACAUAUUUCUUCACCUACAGAUCAUAGUGGAAGUAGCAGUUUCUGUAACAAUGGAACAUUAAGCCGUCUCAACAGUAUAGGUAGUGGAAGCAAUGGCCAUGGAAAUUUAGGGUUUGAUGGGAACAGCAGUCAUCGAUCUAUACAAAGAGAAGCUGCUUUACAUAAAUUCAGAAUGAAGAGGAAAGAUAGAUGUUUUGAUAAAAAGGUACGAUAUGAAAGCAGAAAAAAACUAGCAGAGCAGAGACCUAGGGUGAAAGGACAGUUUGUUCGUCAAGGGCAAAUCAGUAAUUCUUCACCCAUGGAAGCUGAUACAGAAUUAGCUACUACGAAAGUAUAGGUAUUGAUAGUUGCUGGAUAUGGAUUUGGUGAUGGCAGAGUUCAGAUCUCAUAUCUAGGGUUUUUUAAGAGUGAGGAUGAAGAAGGCUGAGGAAUCUAAACUAACAAGAACUUUUCACCUAAUAUUAUUAGUUUUGGAUUGUAAAUAUUUGUAAUAUAGAAGUAGUGAUAUUGUUGUAUUAUUCUUUGAUCUUAAUUACAAACGUAAGAGUUCUGUGAGACAAAGGUUGGUUUGUAACUUUUUUCUUUAAUUUGUUGCGACUAAAAGGAAAAGAUUGAUUUAUAGCUCAAUGACCUUUUUGCCAAUCGUCCCUUGAUCUUUGUGUUUAGGCAUCAGAAGGGUGUUUUGUUCACGGAUCUCAAAGGAAUUUUGGAGAAUUGGAAUGUAAAUUUUAGCGAAAAUGGCAACAUUAAUAGUAUUUUUUAAGUAUUGACUUGCGAAACUCACUGGUUUUGUCAUGUUUUUUUAAGUAUUGAACAACAUUAAUGGUAUUAUUAUACGUGAGACUUGAGAGUGACAACAUAUUCUUAUAAAAAAAUUCAAGUAUCAAAUAAAAUUACACUUAAGCGUCAAACAAAGAUUUGUUUAACU